UAUAAUGUAUUUUCGUGAACUAUUUGACUUAAAAAUGUAUUAACGUCAGCGUUAACCUUCAAUGUGUUUUCGAUAAUAUAAUCACGUUGAAUAGCGUGUUGUAGAAAUGCGUCACUGUAUUUUUUUUUUCUGAAAUGCAUAAAUACAGGAUUUUAUUGGUAUAACGGUUUGGUCUGUAUAACGUUUUGGUCAACAUGAGUGCUAAAGUGAUCGAUGAAAUUUCCACUGAAAUGGUGAAGAAGAUUGAAACACCCUUAAUCCAUCGACCAUUACCAGCUUCUGGUGUGGGUGUACUUAAAAUUAAAGAAGAGAUUUUAUCCGAUGAAGAUUUUAAUUAUAGAAAAAAUUACAAUGCCCAAAUACCAGAUGACCAUCCACUACACAGAGACGACUUAAUUUGGGCCCGGUACAUUGAUCAGGUGACGUGGUCGUAUUGGAUGGAUAUUAAAACAACCUUAUGGAACGACAUAGCUGUGUAUCACUAUUAUGAAUUAAACUAUCUUGUAUAAUAAACUUUUAGAUUUGG